UGCACAUUUAUACAAUAGCACGUUAUUUAUUUAGUACAAAUAAGAUACAUUAAUAUUUUAUAGUAGGGGUUAGUUUUUGUCUCCAGCUGGUAGCUCGAUUAGCUUAUUCGGCUUACCUUAAUUUGAGUGAGUUUAACGUAAUAAACACAUUACUGGGCAUUUAUUGCUCUUAAUUGAAAGCUUUGUGUUGUAGCUGUUAGCAUCAUGGUGGUGUUUCCGAGUUCACUGACGGAAGAAGAGGAAGCCCUGCAAAAGAAAUACGCUAAACUCAAGAAAAAGAAAAAGGCGCUGCUUGCCUUGAAGAAGCAGAGUUCAACCAACCAAACAAACCAGAGUGGCUUAAAACGUACUCUCUCGGACCAGCCUGUUGUUGACACUGCAACGGCAACAGAGCAAGCAAAGAUGUUGAUCAAGUCUGGUGCCAUCAGCGCCAUCAAAUCUGAGAACAAGAAUUCCGGAUUCAAACGCUCUCUCAAACUCAAGGAUCCUGAAAAAGGUCCAGUUCCCGCCUUCUUACCAUUCCAACGGAGUUUCUCUACAGAUGAAGAACCACCUGAGUCUGGGAAGAGAGCGCAGAGGAAAUCUCUUUAUGAAAGCUUUGUCAGUUCAAGCGACCGAUACAGAGAUGACGAUGAUGGUGCUGGCAUGUCGUCCAGCCGCGACGUGGACAGAGACCGAGAUCGAGACCGUGACCGAGAGUUGGACAGGGAGCGGGAAAGAGAGAGAGAAAGAGACCGAGAUCGAGACAGGGAAAGAGAAAGAGAAAGAGACAGAGGCAGGGACAGAGAAAGAGAGAGAGACCGAAGCAGAGAACGAGACCGAAGCAGAGAGAGAGACAGAGAGCGGGACAGAGAGAGAGACCGAGAUGGACCAUUUAGACGGUCAGACUCGUAUCCUGAAAGAAGAGCAGCGAGGAAGGGGAACACAGUGUAUGUUUAUGGCUCUGGGCUUGUUGAAGACAGCCUACGCUCUGCCUUCUCUCAGCACGGGAACAUCAUCGACCUCUCUAUGGACAACCCCCGCAAUUGUGCAUUUAUCACAUUUGAGAAAAUGGAAUCAGCUGAUCAAGCAGUAGCUGAGUUAAAUGGAAGUACAGUGGGAGAUGUUCACAUCAAAGUCAGCAUUGCAAGGAAACAACCCAUGCUGGAUGCUGCUACUGGCAAAUCUGUCUGGGCAUCGAUUGCUGUACAGAACAGCACCAAAGGCUCAUACAGAGACAAGAGGAACCAAGUUGUGUACAGUGAAGACUUCCUUUGAGGAAAUUAUUUUAUGUGCCCUAAGCUGAAUUUCUGUUAAUGAUGGCAUGUUAGACUAUUGCCUAAUCUGUAUUAAUUCUCCAAGAGAUCUACAUUUUACAGUUCUCUUUUGGAAAUUAAAACACUGUACAUCAAUGUUCUCUCUUCUGAUGUGUUGGCAGCUUUAGUUAUUAAACUACUUUAGUAGAAA